UUUCCCACUUAGAAAGUGAGAAAGCUGAACUUUCAUACCACACAACCAAAUUAACAUCCCAAUAAUUAAAAGCCAAAUCAAAUUAAAUCAAAUCCCUUCUCUGUCUCUUCUGUUACCAUACUUUCCGUCCAUCACACAGCAAAACACUCUCUCCACCAAACUUUUCUUACAGCCCCACCGCCACCACCACCCAUGGACGAGUUUCCACCGCCACCGCCACCUCCACCUCCUCCUAUGACCCUGGACGGAGCUGAAAAUGACGCAGUUUUCGCCAAAACGCUCGUGCUGAGCAAACGCGAAGUAACCGCUCGUCGGCUCCGCCGAACGAGGCAACUCAGACGGUGCUACAGAGGGCACUACUGGGCUCUAAUGGAAGAGAUCAAGUCCAAGUAUAAGGAGUAUUAUUGGACCUACGGUAAGAGCCCCUUCAAGGAAACUAGCGGCGUAAACCACGCUGUCGUUUUGGGCGACGAGAACAAUAACAACGCAAACGGCGGCAACGAGAGGAACAAUAAUGCCGCUUUGGGAGUUGGAGGAGACGACGUCGUUCGGUGCGCUUUUGGUGGAUGUAAGAUUAAGGCUAUGGCGCUUACUAGGUACUGUCACGCUCACAUACUUUCGGAUCCGAAACAGAAGCUCUAUCGGGGAUGCAGAACCGUAGCUAAAAAUUUGCCAACAGGGCCUUCAUAUUGUAAUAAACCAGUGUUGAGGUCUGUGGUUCCUGCUGCUUGCACAACUCAUUACCAAUUAGGUGAAAAGUGUCUUCUUCGUGCUGUAAAAAGGGCAGGCUAUAAUGUCCCAAUUAAUCGUAAGCCUAAUGUGAAAUUACAUGUAGUAGUUAAUGAAUUUGUUCGCCAAAUCCAAAAUAAACGAAAAGUUGCAUUGAAAGCAGCUGUAUCUAAAGUUGAGACUCAAUAAGAAACAAGGUUAAGUUUCUUAUUGUUUAGAAGAUGAUUGAUUGUCUAAAGACAUUAAUGGUGUUGGGCAUAUUCCAGUAUCUGGGAGAAAUUGGUUAAUGGUUUGGUGUUGAAGGAUGAUCAAUAAGAAAUGUACUUAGAUGUCUGUACAUCAUAAGUAUUCCAGG